AUGGUUCAGCUUCAACCACCAAAGACAGUCAAGGAUAUAAGAAGCUUUCUUGGUCAUGCUGGGUUCUACAGAAGAUUUAUCAAGGACUUUUCAAAGAUUGCAAGGCCAUUGACAAGGAUACUUUGUAAGGAGACUGAAUUCAACUUUGAUGAAGAUUGCUUGAAGGCUUUCAAGGAGAUCAAGGUUGCCUUGAUAUCAGCUCCAAUAGUCCAAGCCCCAAACUGGGAUCUCCCAUUUGAGAUAAUGUGUGAUGCAUCUGACUUUGCAGUAGGAGCAGUUUUAGGACAGAAAAAGAUAAGAAGUUGCAUGUUAUUCACUAUGCAAGUAGAACCUUGGAUGAAACUUAAGGAAGAUAUUCAACAACAGAGAAGGAGCUUCUUGCAGUGGAUGAGGAUAGAGGGAGAAAUACCAAUUGAUGACUCAAUGCCAGAGGAGAAACUGAUGCAACUCGAAGUCACUCGACCGACUGCUCGAGCAGGCACUCGAUCGGGUGUGUUUGGUCACUCAGUCGAGCAGGACCAAAUGGAGGAAUGGAUGGCGCUUGACAGUGAAGAUUUGCCAUGGUAUGCUGAUAUAGUUAACUACAAAGUAUGUGAAGAAAUCCCAGCAGACAUGGACCCUUACAAGAAGAAGAAACUGCUCAAGGACAUCAAUGGUUACUAUUGGGAUGAAUCUUACUUAUACAAAAAGGGAUCAGAUGGACUGUUUAGGAGGUGUAUAGCAGAGAAUGAAGUUGAAGGAGUGUUGGGACAUUGUGAUGGUUCUGCUUAUGGAGGUCAUUUUGCAACCUUUAAGACUGCCCAGAGAGUCCUACAAGCUGGUUUAUGGUGGCCUACUUUAUUCAAAGACACUCACAAGUUCAUUACAAAGUGUGAUGCUUGUCAAAGAAUAGAAAAUAUUACAAGAAGGAAUGAAAUGCCCCAAAAUCCAAUUCUGGAGGUUGAGAUAUUUGAUGUGUGGGGAAUUGAUUUCAUGAGACCUUUUAAUCCUCCUUCAAAUGGUAAUGUCUACAUAUUAGUAGCAGUGGACUAUGUCUCCAAAUAUGGAAUUCCAAGAGUUGUGAUUAGUGAUGGAGGGACACACUUCAUCAACAAGAUCUUUGAAGGAAUGCUAAGGAAAUAUGGAGUUAAACACAAGGUGUCAACAACUUAUCACCCUCAAACAAUUGAGGUUGAGUAUAAAGUUUUAUGGGCAAUCAAAAUUUUGAACCUAGAUCUAGAGACAGCACAAGCUAAGAGAAGCCUUGAUUUGCAUGAGCUUGAGGAGAUCAGAUUGGAAGCUUAUGAGAGCUCCAAAAUCUACAAGGAAAGAACAAAAGUUUUCCAUGACAAGAAGAUUGUCAUUAAGGAUCUAAAGGCUGGAGACCAAGCUUUACUUUUCAACUCAAAGCUCAAACUGUUUCAUGGGAAGUUGAAAAGUAGGUGGGGAGGUCCUUUUGCAAUAAAGGAGGUUUUACCAUUUGGAGCUGUCACACUUCUCAACAAGGAUGGCAGUGAGUUUACAGUUAAUGGUCAGAGAGUUAAGAAGUAA